UAUUAUCAUUCAGCGAGUCGAAUUUUUAGCGAAAUCUGAUUACAGAUCUUCACCCGACGCCGCUCUUUUUCACCGGUCGGAAUUUUUCACGGAAGCAACAUGGCGAUUAUUAUCGCUCGUGUUGAAUCCGAACUCCCCCGCGAGAUCACGUCGAUAUCUGGUCACAAUUGUGAUCGAAUAAAAAUGCAUGUCUCGACGCCUUCCCCCUGCGUUGGUUACGUCACGAUUACGGCACUGGACUGGUGUGGAGUCGCAGGUACUCGCGAACACACAGUCCGGAUCGAGAGGGACGCACAACGAUAACAACACCACGAACGUUCUUAGCGUAGUACCGUAGUUUAGUGGCGUAGCGGCAAUUCGCAGGACGUCGUCAGAGAGAUGUCCUGUUGCACCGGCGACAAGAAUGAGGACCGGGCCGAGCCGACGCGAGUGCGGGGCUGCACCGACGUCUUCUGGCUCUGCCUCUUCAUUGCGUUCUGGUUUCUGAUGAUCUUGAUCGCAGCCUUCGCCAUAGUCUACGGUAACCCCUUGCGUCUUAUAAACGGAUACGACAGCUUUGGGAAUACAUGCGGUAUGAAGAAUAAUCCAAAGUUUGGUAGGAUGGAACUGUCUGGGCAGGAUACCAGCGAUAAACCUUUUCUGUUCUUCCUGGAUAUAAAUAACGUUACGCAGUCGUUGAAAAUCUGCGUGAAGCAAUGCCCGGACAGGACUCUGAAGUCAAUGAAAGAUAUCUGUGAUUUUUACGAAAAAACUGGAUCGCAAUUGUGCCAUGACAGACCCGGCAGUGAUUUCAGUGCGUGUAACAGCGGCAGCAGCAAAUUCAAGAACGGAUCUUGCCCGGAGCUGCCAGUUUAUCCCAGUACACCGGUGUUGAAUCGUUGUAUCCCUAAGGCGAUUCAUGACGUGAGCGAAACGAUAAUAUCGAAUUUGUACGGCCUAAUCAAUUCGUGGGACGUUAUCGAGCAAGUUCUGGGGGACUUGUAUAAAACCUGGAGGGAGAUCCUAGCGCUGUCUUUUCUGGCUUUUGUUUUAUCGCUUUUUAUGAUAGCAAUCUUUCAUUUACUGGCGAGUAUUGUGACGUGGAUCGUGAUAGUACUCGUAAGCAUUGCUUGUGUAGGCGGCACUGUACUUUUAUGGUGGACAUACAUAGACAUUAAGAAAACAUUGGACAAGACGGACCCGAACCAACUUUUGGAGGAAUCUGUCAGAAACGAAAGAGCGUUCCUUGCGUUCUCCAUCAUCGCUACCGUUAUCACUAUUAUCUUAUUGUUCCUCUCAUGCAUAUUACGCAAACGUAUCUGUUUUAUGGCAGCGCUUUUCAAGGAAAGCGCCAAAUGCCUGGCGGAAUUGCCCGGCUUGUUUUUCCAGCCGUUCUUAACGUUCGUGGCUUUAAUACUGUUCUUCGUCUUUUGGGUUGCCGUAAUACUGUGUCUCGCAACAGCCAAUUACCCGGAAACCAAGUCAGUGCAAAUGUACAAGAACAAUAUAUUCGAGCCUUUGAAUUUAAGCUCAGUCGGUGAGAACAGCCCGUUGGUCGAGGAGAAGAAGAUAGACUUUUCUCUCGACAGUUUCAAAACGUUCACCCUUGUGGAGUACGUCGAUGCAACGUGGGUGAAGUAUAUGUGGUGGGUAUAUCUCAUAGGGCUAAUAUGGGUAUCGGAAUUUAUCGUUGGAUGUCAAGUCAUGGUGAUAUCGGGCGCCGUCGCGCACUGGUAUUUCAGAGGUAAAGACGCCAGUGCAUUCCCAGUGUGUUCAUCUAUAGGACACUUGGUCUACUACCACUUGGGAUCUGUGGCGUGUGGCUCGCUCUUGAUAACGAUCUUCAAAUUGCCCAGGCUAAUCCUAACGUAUCUGCAUGCCAAAUGUGAGAAGACUAAAGAAACGUCCCCGUGCUCGCAGUGCGGUUUGAAAUCUUGCAUCUGCUGUUUCUACUGCUUAGAGAAAUUCAUUCGAUACAUGAAUCACAAUGCCUACACCGUCGUCGCUAUAGAAGGCACCCACUUUUGUAACGCUGCCAAAAUAGCUUUCACAACACUUGUUAAUAACGCUCUGCAGAUAGCUGUAAUCAACGGAUUCGGCGAUUUUAUAUUAUUCCUAGGAAAAUGUUUCGUCACGGCGGCGACUGGAAGUAUCGGAUUAAUUUUCAUGAAACAAGACCCGCGGUUACAUUUCUACGCCGCCCCGAUCUUCGUGACUUGUGUUUUCUCAUUUUUCAUCGCUCAUUGUAUAAUUUCACUUUACGAAACUGUCAUCGACACGUUAUUUUUGUGUAUAUGUGAAGACAAGAAUUUGAACGGUGAGAAUGGAAAGUGGCGCCAAUCUGCAUUAAUACAAGUAGGAAGCUCUAGCAACAAUGCGAACGGACAACACGAAUUGGCACCGAUAAACGAAUAAGUAUCUGAUAUUUCUUCGUCCUUUACGGUAGCUCUUUUAUAUACGUACUCUUUAAUAAUCCCAGAAUACUUAUUUUCAUGUACACAUACUUAUUUUACCACCUCGCAUAUUUAAAGAGAUUAAUUUAGAGACUAAUGGGAAUACAUUCCUUUCAACAUUCACGCAUAUAGUAUCCAUAUCUGUGUACAAACACAAUUUUACAAUUCGUUGGGAAAGAUUUCUGCAAAGACUAGAAAUGUUCAAAAUGUAGAAUCAUGUGUGUGGUAAAUUGUUUUUAGCGUAUUUAUAAUAUGAAUGUUACGAACAACGAUAACACAAGACAUUACUUUUAUAUAAUAGUAUACAAUCGCGUAAUAUAUAUUAUGACUCUAUUGUGGUAUUCAAAUACGGAUAAUCGUCCGUCAAGAGUACAAGUCCUUUUUAUAUGCCGCCAUUAGAGUUUAUUUAACCUGAGUUAUUAUCGCACUUUUUACUUUCGCAAGGAAGAUAUUUGAAUAAUUGUGAUUUAUCGCGUUUUUUGAGAAACGCUUGACACGCAAAGAUUUCGAAGCCGAAGGAUUCGCAACUUGAUAACGGAAGAAAAUCAAUUUUAUUCUCAAAACGGACAUUAUUCUCGGAACAGUAUAAACACAUUAUAUUUAAUUAUUUGUAAAUUUAUGAAAAAAUGUUUCUGAAUUGAAAUCCAGACGGUAUCCAAUCAGUUGCGUAUUUUGAGAUACAUAAUCUGUUUGUGCUUGAUGCCAACUCUAUCUACUAUUUGAUUUUAAAGCGUAUUUCCUAAUUUUUGCGGGAUUAUUGAGAAAAAGAUAAUUUUUCAGACCACGACACAUAUUUUAUUUUUAUAUAAGAAUUUUAUAUGAUUCUUUAUAAAUGUGUCUUUAAUUCGGUAAAUAUACGAAUGAUGAACAAAACAUAAAUUAGGCUUAUAUAUAAAGUCUUUUUUAAGCAUUUAAUGUUAUGUUAUCAUAGUGUCUUUACAUGUGUCAUGAAGUGUCUACUGUGUCUUAGAGAUCUUUGGUAUAAGAGAGAUAAUAUAAGUAUAUUAUAUUACUGAUAUUGUAAUAUUACUAAUAUUAUAUUACUGACAUAUAUAUGUGGCGGUCGAAACAACCGGCGGUAAAAACAACGGCUGUUCGCACGAGUAAAUUCCUGUUUGUUUCGUGAGUAAUUUGUUCUUCAGCGGGGUCCCUGAGGACCCCGGAGCGUUCUCUUGUUUAAAACCUCAAACGUCGCGGACGCGCUCGCGAGUGUUCCUCGCCACCGAUUCUCUUCGUAAAUUGUACUCGACGCUCC